AUGCGAGUCAGGUUGGCUCGGCAAAUAAAUACCUGCACUGAAGGCUUACAAUACUAUACCUGCCUCAAAGGGCCAUAUAUCGGUUGCUGUUCUGUCGAUCCUUGCGAUACUGGUAUCUGUCCUGAUGAUAACGAGCAACCCCCGACAACAGUGACAGAGACUCUUGAGCCCAUAACCAGUUUUCUGGCCAGCAGUAUAACGACAGUAUCAUUUGUGACUACGAACAGUACAGUCACUGUGUCUCCGACAACUAGUGUGCUGGACAGUAUAACUAGUGUAACUACUGUGGUUAUUACUACCUCUGCUCCUAGUCAGACUCCACCACCCUCGAGCUUUCCGGUGUAUGAUAAUAAUAAUGGUGUCGAUAUUGGAAGCGUCAUUGGCAGUGUCAUCGGAGUCACAGUCAUAGCCCUGCUUCUCCUCUGCUGCUGUCGAAGAAAGAAGCUUGGACAACGGUUUCCUUUGUCGGCUUGGCGCAGUGCCCGCCAUGAGGAAGUCAUGGUUGAUACCCAACCCGUUGGUACUGGUCCAGAGAACGGUUUCAUUGUUCCUCGGGGUGGAGGAGACCCUUUUGCAGAGUUUGGUGGACGCCACAGGUCUGUCAAAGUCGAGCCCGUGGAAUCGUAUUCCGACAAUAAUGCCACGAAGCUUGAGAAUGGCACAGAGGCGUCACAGGGUCUUGGUUCUCCUGGCGUCACGGAAACUGGAUUUCAUUCUCUACGUACUUCCGGGGGACGUUCAGGAUCGAACCUUCAAGAGGAGUGUCUGCCAUCGAGCCGGGCUGAGCUUCCUGGGACAAUUGCUCAGAUGCCGGAGUUGCCAGACGUCCCAAGCCCUCAUGUGCCGGCAGAGCUAUCUGCAACGCCGGAGCGAUCGUUGAUCAAUAUUCCAGCUCAACGGAGGGUCAAUUAUAACAGCCUAGACGAGGAAGAGGCCAUCCGUAACGAUGAGCCCCCCUCUGUCACGACUUCGGACGGUGUGAUCCUCCAAGCGAACAUGAACUCAUUCUUCAACGAAGAUGCGUCUGUGGGAAAUUCAGCUCACCAAGGGCACAUUUGGAAUUUCAUGCAGUAUGACACAGAUGCCGAGACUUCAUCCUUGGCUGGAAAGAGUAGACAAAGUCGUGAUAUUGCAAACAAGUCUCCUACCACCCCACAGAUGGACAUUAGUUCUCCAACAAUUGAGACGGAACAGGCUGGAAGAAACCACACUGUUUCAUCUAACUCCCAUGUCAGUGAGACUAGCCCUGUUGCUCCCCAGAUCAGCAUCAGCCCGCCUUUGCCAACCCUUGAAGAGGAGUCAGGAACGCUGAAAACAAGGGCGCAAUCAGAGUUGGAAGUAGACAUUAACAGAACUGGUACAGUUGGAUGA